AUGGAGUACCUUAACCGGACCGUCAGCUUCGGCGUGGACCCGUGUCGCAACUUUCACGCGUUCGUAUGCGGCGGUUCGGAUGCCGAAUGGAGAGGGAGCAUAUUGGACCGGGCGUACCAGGCCAUCUUCAUAAACGUCAGUCUAGAAUUGCACUUGGGUGAAACGAUCGGAAAGUCGGAAGCAAUGGUGACGCUUAUGCGCUUCUAUCGCUCUUGCCUUCGUCCCGCAGAUUCUCCCUUGGAAGCAGACAGACAGGCAGUCGCCUUCUUAAAGCAUAUCAAUGAGACAUCAGGUUUAUUGGCUUCCAACGCCACACAGGGCAUGCUCUUCCAGCUGAUUACCUUGAUGUCACUUCGCUACAACAUCCCAACGAUCCUCUCCAUCAACCUUGUCAGCAUCGGAGGAUCGAAUGGCUCUCUGUCGCUGACAUUCGCCUUAGGUCCCAGUCUGGAAACCAGAUGGGGAGGCGAAAUGGCCUACUUUAGGUACUCGAUCAUUAGGAUGCUAUUGUGGACGAACACAUAUCUCCACUCAAACGUCACGAUUGACAUGAUAGAUCGAAUGGAGAUGUCUCUUAACCUCGGUCCGCCUGAUGCAUAUAAAAGCUUUACGAAUACAUCGAUAGAAGAAAUUGCUGAUAUUAUCAUUGGUGUCUCACCUAGAGCUUUCAGGUACCACAUAUCCUCCUCUCUCCCUAAGGGGAUUGAAUUCAAUGAAUUGGCAAAUAUACAGAGCUCGAACACAAGCGUGAUAAAAAUUGCAAUGAACACUUUUUUUCAACCCAACCAGCGAGUGGUGGCUGUCACUCUAGCACUAAUCAACGUCUUUGCCGCAAUACUCGAUCAACUGAUUUCACUUCAGUAUCGAAAGAAGUGGCCUCAUUGGUAUUUUCAUUACUGCGAAAUGGAGGCGCUCUCUUUCAGAGAAACGUGGAGACUAGCUUCCCUAGAAUACAUUCCCCAGAAUGGAACCCUCAUUGUCCAGCAGAUUAAGAAGGACGUUACCAGGGCUGCCUUGAAGCAGUUGGUGGGACAUUGCGGCGCGAAGUACAAGCUUUGGCACUUGGUACAUGAUAAGGUGACCAAACUGCGCAUCCGCAUGCCGGAAGAAAAUGUUUACCGGGACAUUGCACUACCCACCAUGACGCCUAAUUUUGUACUAAACUACAUCGCCUUGAAACGCUACUCUCAAGAGGUCAAGGUCCGUCGAGCACAAACCAGGAUGUCUGAAGGGAUUAUGGACGAUGAAAAGUUGGGCUUCAGGUACUUCCCUGAGGAAAAUUCUGUGUACCUGACGCCCUCGUGGUUCCAGCAGCCCAUGUUUUACCCCAAGUCUGAGCCUUUCGUCAACUACGCCGUGAUAGGAGCUAUUUUGGCGGGUCUAACGCACCGGGCAGUGGGAAGGAGCGGCCAGAAUCACGACGCCAACGGGAACGAGAAACGCUGGUGGACUCACAACCUGGAUGUUGCCAUAGCGGAACAGCAAAAUUGCUUCAGGCGCGAGUACAUCGACGUGAGCGACGGCGAGCCAUCGCCUUCUCUGCUCGACGAAAUUUGGGCCAUCAGCGAAGGACUCGAGUUGGUUUGGGAGGACGUAGUCGCUUCUGGCCUGGACGACGGAAAUGUUCAGAUCAAUGGCAAGACCUUCACCUGGAGACAGUUCUUUUUUAUUCGGUUUUGCUCAGUUUGGUGCAACUAUGCCGGGACGCCUGCGGAGAAUGCGUGGAGAUGUAACGUCCCUCUGAAACACAUUCCCGGCUUCGCGUAUAGCUUCAACUGUUCCGGGGCCAAAGCCAUGGGCUACCGACAUAGCUGCUCGAGGAAGUUACCGUGCAGCUGA